CAAAAAAUCUUCUACUGUAUAACCCUUAUAUAUAAUAGCUUCACUCACAUCAAUUAAAAUCCUAAUCACUUCCUUAAUAUUGAAAAAGACAAAAGAGAUGAAGAACACAAAAGCGAAGUUAAUCACACUCGUUCUAGGGUUUCUCUUCCUCAUGAUGAUGAUGACCAUGAACUUUCCUCAUGUGCUUCAAGAUGUAGGUGGAUCCAAAUAUGGAGAUUCUGGUCUUAUAGCGAGCGGAAGCGAACAUCCCUUGAUGGGACGAAAGAUAAAAAGUAUAAAACCAAUCGGUUCGGAAAUAAAGAAAAGAUCAAGAAAAGGCCUAGUCUCCACAGAUUCAGCAAAGAAAAUCGAUCAUCUAAUGAGGAGUGACUAUCCUUCACGUAUGAAAGGGAGGAAAAGGACUCCAAUUCAUAAUUGAUGGCAAAUUAAGUAGUUUAAGAAACUUUUUGUUUUGGAUAACAGUUUAAUAUUUGUGAGAAAAAAGAUCCUAUAGGUCUAUACAUAAAUGUAUGUGUACAAAAAUAAGAUUCUGCUACUUGGUUUUUGGUUUGCUUCAAUCAAUGUAUUCUACUUAGGCUUAUAUAUACAUACUAGAUUUUAACCGCGGAGACAAUUUAUUUUUUAAAGUUACUAUAUAUAAAAAUUUGCAAAUU